GUAAAAAAACAUUCACUGUGCUUAGCAAGGUAAACAACAAAUCAGUGAGUUAACUUACGACUCGAGAAGUAUGCCGUUGUCCACUCAGUCUCAGGGGGGAGAUGACCAGUACGUGUUAGUGGCAAGCCUGGACAAUGUUAGAAACCUGUCCAAUAUCCUUAAAGCCAUCGCUUUCAAAGAUCAUGCACUGUUUAAUGCUACACGGAAUGGUUUAAAAGUCACAGUAGAGGACUCAAAAUGUCUUCAAGCAAAUGCCUUCAUCCAGGCAGAAAUAUUCCAGGAAUUCACCAUUCAGGAAGAUUCAGUGUGUUUCCAAGUCAAUCUGACAGUUCUCCUGGACUGUCUCACCAUUUUUGGGGGAAGCACUGUGCCAGGAGUGACGACUGCCCUUCGAAUGUGCUACAAUGGCUAUGGUUAUCCCCUGACCCUCUUUCUUGAGGAAGGAGGAGUGGUGACUGUGUGCAAGAUCAACACACAGGAGCCAGAGGAGCCCAUAGACUUUGAAUUCUGCAGUACCAAUGUCACAAACAAGGUGAUCCUGCAGUCUGACAGCCUUAAGGAGGCCUUCUCUGAGCUGGACAUGACCAGCGAGAUCCUGCAGAUCACCAUGUCACCCAGCCAGCCCUACUUCAGGCUUUCUACAUUUGGAAAUGCUGGGAAUGCCCACUAUGACUAUCCCAAGGACUCGGAUAUGAUGGAGCUUUUUCAGUGCACAAAGACUCAGACAAAUAGAUAUAAGAUGUCCCUUCUGAAACCCUCCACUAAAGCGUUGGCUCUGUCCUGCAAGGUAUCAGUCAGGACGGACACCCGAGGGUUCUUGUCCCUUCAGUACUUGGUGAGGAAUGAUGACGGACAGAUCUGUUUUGUGGAGUACUACUGCUGCCCUGAUGAAGAGGUGGAGGAAGAAUAG